AUGGACUCGGAGUUUUAUUUGAAGCACACAAGAAAGAAAAGAAAAACCCUUCUGUGUAUUCAUUGUAAAAGAAGAAAGAUCGGAUGUGAUCGAGGUAGGCCAUGCGACAAGUGUAUUAAAUAUGGACGAGAAUGUAAAUAUUUUGAGGACGAGGAUGCUGAUUUUAAUGAUGGGUAUACAAAUGAUUCAUCAGCUGCAACAUCAUCUAGCUUGGCAACUACCACCAACCUGUCAAUAGACCAAGAAUCGGAUGCGUCGUCGGUCAUAACAAAUCAACGAGAAAUUAGCAAUGGUAUAAGCCUACAAGGCCGACUUCAUCAAUUUACAAUAACUGAGAAUGGAAUUGGUCAGAAUAAUGGUGUCGCGAUGCUGAAAAUCAAGAAAUGGAAAGAUCCAAUUAUUGUACCUAUUCAAACAAAGUUUAUUCAACAACCAAAAACUUCACCACAGGUGUCAAGGAAUGCCCAUCAGACAAUCUAUUUAGUAUCAGAAGAUUCGAGCUCCAUUGUUUCCAAAUUCACUGAUGGUAAGUCUGUGAUUGGCAUUAAUCCAAUUGGAUCUCCUAAUGAUAUGAUUUCAUUUUCUGACUAUCAAUCAUAUUCAGUUGAUGAUUCUAAUUAUGAGACAAAUCAGGGGCCUUUCACAUGGCACGCUUUUAUUAAAAUAGACCCAGCGAUGGCAUAUUUGUCGUCGUUUUUAUCAGCCAAAUCCAAGAGUGUUACCAAUUGUUCAGACUUUAACGAGAAUGGAGAACAAUUUACGGGUGCUCCUUUUCAAGUAUUGCAAAGAUUGAAAUUGAGUAGUAAACAAUUUUCUGAUAGACAAAUUAAUAAAGCAGCUAUCCCGUUGGGUUUGAAUUUCGUACCUGAAGUGAACGAGGUAUCAGAUUUACUGGAAAGAAUACGCAAAAAACUACCCGAGAGAUCAAUAACUUGGAUUCAUGUCAAUAGAUUUUUCAUGUUCUUAUAUCCAUUUGUUCCUUUUCUUGACGAGUAUAGCUUUACUACUUCUUUGGAGAAAAUUAUUGGGUCCAAAAAUGACCCAGCUAAACAAAUUGAAGUUAUAAUUCUGUCUAAUAUGGAUUAUGCCAUACUUGGAAUACUUUUGAUAAUUCUACGGAUGAGUUAUCUUUCCUUAAUCUCAAAUGAUGACGAAUUUAAUAAUAAAGUUUUAACAAACACUGGCAUGGUUGAAACAAGUAAGUUUUCUCAAAAUGAAUUGAUCAAUUUAUCAAAUAUUUUGAAAGUGGAGAUUGGUAUUGAAACUACAUUUUUGGCCCAAGACUGUUUAACCAAAUUUGAAUAUUGUCGUAAAACAAACUUGGCUAUUCUACAACUUGCAACAAUGCUCAGAAUCUAUUUUAGUGUUGCUCCAGAAGAUCCAGAGGGUCCCAGUAAGAACCAAUUUCAAGUAUGUACUGGAUUACUUGUGCAAAUAGCCUUUUCCAUUGGAUUAAAUAGAGAUCCUGAGAAUUUGGGCCUCACUGAUGUCAAGAUGAACCAUAUCAGAAGAAAAUUAUGGCACUAUAUUGUAUAUUUGGAUUUAUCCCAAAGUGCAUGUUUUGGAAGUCCAAUUACCAUUAAUCCACAAAUUUCUGAUACAAAAUAUCCAUUCUAUGAAGACGGAAAUAGUAAUAUUGGUAUGUCUCAUUUCGACCAUUUGCUUUCACAAACUUAUUCCAAACUUCAGGGUUUGCUGGCUGAAAUUCGCAAUUGUUUAUACACUGUACUUCAAUUUGGUAAAAUCCCAAUGAGUGAUGUGGUUAAUUCCGUUAAUAAAUUGGAAAUUUUUGUUCACAAGCAUGUUGGACAGGAUCUUAAAGAGUUUGCAGAUGGCUUGAAUGAAACACAAGAGAGUGGUUACAUGCAUGAUAAAUUGUUCACAAAUUAUUAUAUCAACACAAAGAUUUUUCUAAUGGCAAUAUAUAUGCAUAUUUUUGUUCAUUAUGAGAAGACCAGUACCAAUAGCAAUAAUGCCGAUUUGAUGUACUUUUAUUUGAAGAAAACCGCCAGUAUACUCAUUGAAGAUUUUCUUCCUAGUUGUUUUGGUAUAUUGGAUCAUUUACAUCCUAUAUUUCUUUAUUCUUCAAAUUUGUUUACUAAUCCAGCAAUUGAAAUUGCAUGGCAUAAUAUCAAUGGUUUCACAUUUGCUUUGUUGAUUAGAGUCGAAUUUACAUUGAGAUCAUUACGAGCAGAAAAUUCCGGAUCUCCUGAGUAUAUCGAUGUAUUAGAAAAAUUACUGUUUUUCUUGACCAAAUGUGCUAAAGCUUCAACAAUUGGUAUAUACAAAUUGGGUAAGCGGUAUUUGCAUGCAUGGAGAAUUGCAAAAUCGCAUGUGUUUAUCUUGAAGAAUAUUCAAGAUGACGAAUUUUUCCGAGGAAUUCUAGCUAAUCCUACAGGAAUUAGAAAACUUCAAUUAAAAAUGGAUCAACUUGUGGAUUUACAGAACAUGUUGGAAAAAACCAUCAAGAGUUUGAAUAAAUCAAAGUUGAUGGCAGAAUGGUUUGAACUUUUUGCACCAAAUGCGAUCAUACAAGAUAGUUUAAUUGAUAGUUUAUUCAGUCUAGUUACAUCUACAAAUGAUCCAUCUGUUUUCGAAAAUGACCACAUUACCAGUUCCAUGGAAAAUUAUUUUGCUUUUGACAAUCCAUAUUUCAAUAUGGAAGUACCUUGGGAUAUCAUCACUGGGAAUGUAGAAUAA